AUGGCAUUUAAAGGUGGCCGUGUGCUUUUGUGGCUUUGCACUGCAACGCUAACUUGGAUAACAGUUGAAGGUCAAGGCAUCCUUGGUAAGUUUAGAGAUGGAAUCAAAAAUAUGUUACAGUUAACAAUUUCUCAAGUAAUUUUUUUCUGUGAUCUGUAGUGACCAGCACUUGAUCAAAUUAAAUUUGCUAACGCGGAUUAGCAGGCGUGCAGAAUAAUUCAAGCAAAGCAGAAACAUUAUCAUACAUAUUGCAGGAAUAAGGGCAGUUGUUUUAUCUGAGACAUAAUGUGUUUGGUUUUGUGUCAGAGGGCACAUUGUUUAAAUGGAUACAAUGCGCUUUACAAAUUGGGACAAAGAUCUAUCUGUGAGCAUCAUCACCAUUAAGUAAUGGGUUUUUAACUGCAGUAUAAUGUCAAGAGAGAGUUGAUCAUGCUGUGAUCAUGCCUUGUCCAAGAUAAAUCUUCUUGGGGAGUUCCAACACCAUGAGUUUGAUGAUAGGAAAUGAGAUAAAUGUGUUGUUGCAACAAUUACGAGUGAAAUUCAAGGCGUGAUGUAAUUAGCGCACUUGAAAUACAAAGUAUUUUCAUCUCUGGCCGCAGAAAAUAUUCUACCUUGACGUUACGAUUCUUGACGGUGGUAGAUUGCGAGCAGUCCCUUAUUUUUCUUUGCAGAGUUACUACACGCUUGAGGUGUGAUUUUUUAUAGUAGCUUAGAAUUAAAUUGCGAACGCCUGCUUGAAUUGCGGUUUGUCUCAAAUCAUUAGUCCGAUAGUAGUGAAAAGUGUGCCAAACAAGAAAGUAGCGCAGCUGUUUAACAAUCAAUCAACAUAAACUUUAUAAACUCAACGAAAAAGUUAGGUUAAUUGACAAGUAAAAAAACUGAAAGGAAACUGAACUGUGAAAGAGGCCUCAUCGAGUUAGCCUGCGAAUAGCAGACGUAUUUCCGGUCGUCGCUUCUCUCCCUCCUUUUCGGAAGGAGAGAAGCGACGACCAGAAAUACGUCAGCUGUUCGCAAACUACAUCGAGUCUAAGAGCUUCUAUUUCAAACGCCUCGUCCCCACUCCUUUUUUUGCAUCGCGGCUCCGCCGCCAAAACUUUAAUCACACAAUACCGCCAGCUGCCCAGGCUAAAGAGCUUCAGGAAAGCGCUCUUUCUUUUGCCCUUGUUCCCACGGCAUCCCGAACUUUCCAGCUACACAUUGCUGCAACUAACACAAUGACUUUUAUACAGGUACUAAAGACAAUUCCAUAGAAGAGCUAUCGCCGCAUGACAGAGUGAGACGACAAGAUAUCGCUGUAAGUACAUGUCUUAUUAUAUACAUUGAAAUAAUCAAACCUGAUGAUGAUGAUGAUGAUGAUGAUGAUGAUGAUGAUGAUGAUGAUACCAUAACAAUAGGCUAAAUGGGACUGAGUAUGAUGUAGCUACUUUGGCCUAGUUCUCGGCCCUUUUUCAGGACAUUAACAUGCUUUUUCUUGCAUACAUCCCUCAAGAAGACUCUACUUUGUAGAUAACACCCAUCGAACAAUACAAUUUUUGCGUAUCUCUGCAUUCCUUCCGUUCAGUUUUUGCAAAACAUUCAGCUACUUCGUCUUUGGAUUGCUGUGAACGCCUGAUUAGUUUCACAUUUGCGCGCCCAAGGAGCCUCGUUUCCAAUCAAAUAUACCAAAAUAUACCAUCCAUUAACCAAAUAAAAUUCAAAUUCUCUUAUUACUACAACACCUCUUUCACUCAGUUGUGAGUUCUGGGUCUGACAGACUUCACAAUUUGGGGCUGUAUCUUUUUCAAUGAAAACAGGUUGAUAUCACUGUUUACGGAGAACCAGGCGACCCGGGAGCCCGAGGAGAACCGGGUGACCCGGGAUAUAACGGUACCCCAGGGAAAAGGGGACAAAUUGGAGCAAGGGUAAGUCAAGUAAAUUUGAGUACAGUGAUAUGCAAUUUAUUGAUGUAAACCUAUAAUCAGAGUAAUCACCUUGGCCAUUCAUAACAAACACGCACAAUUCAAUGAACCAGUUCAGAUCUUAAAGGAAAAACCGGUAGGGGGCCUUCACUGAGCGCGGGAAACGACGUGAUGCAUGGAAAGUCGCGAUUGAUUUGUGUUUUGCCUCUGGUUGGUUUAGCAUGUACUAUGGCAAGAGCAGGAUUAGCAAUCACAAGUUGCAGCGAGACCAAGUUGAAUCUUUAAAUUUUCUUUGUCCGUCUGUAGAAAGUUCAGUUGGGUUAUGUCCUGCUACGGAUGCAUCUAUGAACGAAGAUGGGGAGGAAAAGGCAACAAUUUUUACUCCCUCCCCCACUUUAUAGCUUGUUUCUUGUUCUAUGCGACCCAGUUUUGCGGAAUUCUUAUAACCCCGCUCGCUGGUUCAAACAAAUCAAGAGGACUGUAUCUUUCGAUGAAACAACACGAUUAAUUAAUCCAAUCCAAAAAUCUACUGCGUUGUACAAUUCUCACAUAUUCAACGAUCUUAACACAACUAACACAUUGUAAGUAUAGAGAGGUUUUUCUACUAUCCUUGAAUAAGGCAGUAUUUUUACAUUACCGGCAAAUGUACAGUAAAAGUUCCCAUUCUCAUACUACUACAUGAGAAAUUUCUGCAAUUUGAUUGGCUUAGAGAAGUGGUAUUUGUAAAAAUUACAGACCUUAUGCGGGUAGUAGUAUAAACAAAUAAUAGCAUGAUUUGUACGUGAUAUUUGGCAUAAAUACCACUCGUGAUAUUUCAAAAUUGUCUCAAAUUUAUUUCAAUUUCGAAAUAUCACCCGUGGUAUUUAUGCCAAAUAUCACUACAAAUCAUGCUAUUACAAAAUCGUGCUAUUAUGUCUAUUACAAAAUCGCACGUUCUUUCGUCAUAUUUAGCCUAAGAAAAUGCAUGCAGUUACAUCAUUUUAUAUCGUAAAUAUACUCGGACUUUGUCUAUUUUAAUGUGAAAUCUAAUGUCACGAAAUCUAACUUCUUUGCGCUACAAAUGUCAAUUUCUAAUUAAAAUUUAAUCACAAAAUAAAAAAGUUAAGCAUCACCUAUUUCUUUUCCGACACCCGAUAUACCAAUUUUGUCUUGUUUUCUAUUUCAAUAGGGUCCAGCAGGACCCCGAGGAAGGCAGGGUAUCCAAGGACCCCCGGGUCCACCCGGUAAUCCAGGACCUCCGGGCGGCACGGUGGUAGGUGGCCAUAUAGAUCUGCACGGCUAUACCGGG